GGCCCACAGGGAGCAGGUGUCUAUUUUUGUGGAUCUUGACGAUGUGGCUGAAGAAGACCCUGAGCUGGUGGAGAGCGUCUGUGAGAACGCCAAGCGUUACACCGGCCUGUUCGCCGACGCAGUCCACGAGCUGCUGCCAGAGUACAAAGAGAGAGAUAUCGUGGCCAAAGAUUCUCUGGACGUGUACAUUGAGCACAGGCUGAUGAUGGAACAGAGGGGUCGCGACCCAGCGGACACCAGAGACCCACGUAACCAAUACCCACCUGAACUCAUGAGGAGAUUCGAGCUGUACUUUAAGCCCCCCACUACAUCCAAACCUAAAGUGGUGCGUGAUGUCCGAGCCGACAGCAUUGGACACCUCGUGCCGGUUCGAGGCAUCGUCACACGUGCCACCGAGGUCAAACCAAUGAUGGCUGUAGCUACGUACACCUGUGACCAAUGUGGUGCGGAGACCUAUCAACCAAUCCAGUCUCCCUCCUUCAUGCCCCUCAUCAUGUGUCCCAGUCAAGAGUGUGUCACCAACAAAUCUGGGGGUCGUCUCUACCUGCAGACCAGAGGCUCCAAAUUUGUUAAAUUCCAGGAGCUUCGUAUUCAGGAACAUAGCGAUCAAGUGCCUGUUGGAAAUAUUCCAAGGAGCAUGUCUGUGUACGCCCGUGGAGAAAACACUCGUCUCGCUCAGCCCGGAGACCAUGUAGCCAUCGCAGGAGUCUUCCUACCUCUUCUGCGCACAGGUUUCAGGCAAGCAGCACAGGGUCUUCUGUCAGAGACGUACCUGGAAGCCCACAGCAUCAUCCUCAUGAACAAGACGGAGGACGAUGAGCUCGGUAACGAGGAGCUGACUGACGAGGAGCUUCGUGGCAUCACAGAUGAAGGAUUUUAUGAGAAACUAGCUGGUUCAAUAGCACCAGAGAUCUAUGGACAUGAAGACGUGAAGAAAGCUCUGCUGCUGCUGCUGGUGGGGGGAGUGGAACAGGCUCCUAAAGGCAUGAAAAUCAGAGGCAACAUAAAUAUCUGCCUGAUGGGAGAUCCCGGAGUAGCAAAGUCCCAGCUGCUGUCCUACAUUGACCGCCUGGCUCCUCGAAGUCAGUACACAACGGGUCGUGGUUCAUCCGGCGUCGGUCUGACUGCAGCCGUGAUGCGUGACCCCCUUACUGGAGAAAUGACCCUGGAAGGUGGAGCCUUGGUGCUCGCUGACCUGGGCGUCUGCUGCAUUGACGAGUUUGACAAGAUGGCUGACGCUGACCGCACAGCCAUCCAUGAGGUGAUGGAGCAGCAGACCAUUUCUAUUGCAAAGGCCGGCAUCAUGACCUCCCUCAACGCCCGUUGCUCCAUUCUUGCCGCAGCUAACCCCGCCUACGGCCGCUACAACCCCAAAAAGAGCAUUGAGCAGAACAUUCAGCUGCCGGCCGCUCUGCUCUCCCGUUUCGACCUCCUCUGGUUGAUCCAGGACAAGCCAGAUGCCGAAGCUGACCUGCGCCUGGCCCAGCACAUCACCUACGUCCACCAGCACUGCCGCCAGCCGCCCACUCACUUUACCCCCAUCGACAUGAAGCUGAUGAGACGUUACAUCGGUGUGUGUAAGAAGAGGCAACCAGUGGUGCCUGAGUCACUGGCUGAUUACAUCACUGCUGCUUAUGUGGAGAUGAGGAAAGAGGCCCGAGUGAGCAAGGACACCACCUUUACCUCCGCCCGAACCCUCCUCUCCAUCCUCCGUCUGUCCACUGCUCUGGCUCGCCUUCGUAUGAUGGACACUGUGGAAAAGGAGGACGUCAACGAGGCCAUGAGACUGAUGGAGAUGUCAAAGGACUCACUACAAACUGACAAGUCGAGCAGCACGAGGACCCAGCGACCGGCCGACGUCAUCUUCUCCCUGGUUCGCGAGCUCGCCACAGAGGGCGUGGUCGGCCGCGGCGGAGCUGGCGGGGUGGUCCGCAUGGCCGAGGCAGAGCAGCGCUGUGUCUCCCGCGGUUUCACCCCCGCCCAGUUCCAGGAGGCCUUAGAGGAAUACGAGGAGCUGAACGUGUGGCAGCUCAACCAGGCCCGCAGCCGAAUCACCUUCGUCUGAAGAACCCGGGACUCGUCUUCACGCACGCUGUGCUUCGGCCACCCGAGGGGAAAACUCUUUGUUUUCUACAGACUCCUAUUGAGGCUCUUUCUUUUUCCUCCUUCAGCAUUUUCUAAAACAAGUCAAGCAGAACCUGGACGAUUUUUAAGCUCGACUAUUUUUGCAAGAAUUCUGCUGUUGGAGAUUCAUAGUGUUUUAAGAUUCCUGUUCACCAGUAAAACACUUGUAAAUAUGUGUCAGAACUUGUUAUUGUGUGAUGCUGUCUGCAGUUUAGAGCUUAAAGCUUCAGCUGAAAUGGAUUAAUUCUGUACAUUUUAUAAUUCACACCAGGCAAGAUAAGUAACAUUGAGCCUUGUAUUGUGACACUAGUUAUAAUAAAUUGAUGGUUCAAUAAUA